AUGCCCAGCCGCCGAGUCCAAGUUCUUCUGUCAGUUGAUUUCGACGCCGUCUCUGGCUUCCUAGGGACUGGUGCGUCCCCGACCAAUGGGCUCGCCGAUUUCAGCAGUGGCUACUUUGCAGCCCAAGUGGGCGUACCCCGCCUGCUGCGUCUCUUCCAAAGGCAUGGCAUUUCCUCGUCGGUGACCUGGUUCGUCCCUGGUCACUCAAUGGAGUCGUUCCCCGAGCAGACUAAAGCCAUCGUCGACUCGGGAGCGGAGAUUGGGUGUCACGGUUAUGCUCAUGAGGGUGCAACGCAGUUAACAGAGGCCCAGGAGCGAGACGUUAUCGAUAAAUGCGUCCAGCUUGCUACAGUAUUGACUGGAAAGAAGCCGCUCGGGUGGAGGGCACCCCUGUAUCAACUGCGGGAGCACACUGUCAGUAUCCUCGAAGAGCAUGGCUUUCUCUACGACACUUCCUUGACCCACCAUGACUCUUCUCCAUAUUUCCUGCUGUCAAAAACAACCCCCCAGCCAAUCGACUUCUCACCGUCAGUCCCAGCCUCAUCGUGGAUGCAUCCACUCCCGCCACCAGCUCCCCGGACAGCCAGUACGCUCGUUGAGAUUCCCUGCAACUGGUACAUGGAAGACAUGACCCCCAUGCAGUUUCUCCCUGCGGCCGCGAAUUCGCACGGCUUUGUCAGCCCCGAGACGAUCGAGAAGAACUGGAAGGCCCGCUUUGAGUAUCUCUACAAUGAGACUAUCGAUGGCGCCAAGCAGGACUUUAUUUUCCCGUUGAUUUUGCAUCCGGACACUAGUGGGAUGGCACAUGUCAUUGGGAUGGUUGAUAGGGUCAUUGGAUGGCUGAAGGGGUGGGAGGGGGUGGAGUUUGUUACAUUUGGGGAAUGUGCGAAGGAGUGGAAGAGCAGGCAGUAG